AUGCUUCAUCCUUCAGGGCGGGGAGUUGUCACAGUGGUGGUCCCAGAAGGAAGAGAUGCCAUCUUACCCUGCUCCCUCAGCACCAAGAUGAGCCUUCAACAUGAGGUGUUUGACUGGAAGAAAGAUGGUCAGAAGGAGGUGUUCCUGUACUCUGCUCGCGACGAAUACAAUAACGGACGUCCGGGACAAGACGAGCAGUUCAAAGGUCGGGUCUCACAUUUCUCAGAAGAGUUGAAGCUUGGUAACGCCUCCAUAGUCAUCAGAAACACCAAGCUGGUCGACAGUGGAGAAUACUCCUGUAUUAUUCCACAUCUUCACCCAAAGCAACAACGUUUCAACAUUAAACUCAUCG